CUCCCCUGCAACAUUAAUCAUUGUUAUUUUCAAUCUGUUGGAUUUUCGUUUUCCCUAAACAACAGUACCCCAGUUUGUUCUCUUGCUCUUAAAGCUCUACCCCAUCCAUCGACUUCCAUAGGCAACCAGAUUCAGGAGUAGCCAUGUCAGCAUCAGAGACUUCAACUCCUAUGAAUGUCAAUGAAAAUGAAGAACAAGGACUUCUUGAUGCAAUCAACGAUAGGUAUGGGGGAGUAAUUGUUGAAGUGACUCAACCUAUGGACUCUGCCCUCUUUGCUUCUGUUCUUAGUGCUUCAAUGGCACAGUGGCGACAGCAGGGUAAAAGAGGUGUGUGGAUCAAAUUGCCUAUUCAGCACGUCAAUCUUGUUGAAGCUGCUGUCAAGGAAGGAUUUUGGUAUCACCAUGCUGAGCCUAAUUAUAUGAUGCUUGUUCAUUGGCUGCCUCAAGGCGCACACACUCUUCCGGCAAACGCUUCGCACCGCGUGGGGAUCGGCGCAUUUGUGAUGAACAAAAACAGAGAGGUUCUAGUGGUCCAAGAGAACAUUGGACGAUUACGAGGGACAGGUGUGUGGAAGUUCCCUACAGGUGUUGUGAAUGAGGGAGAAGAUCUCUGUGCAGCUGCAGUUAGAGAAGUCAAAGAAGAGACAGCAAUUGAUACAAAAUUUGUUCAAGUACUAGCAUUCAGACAAAGCCACAAGGUAUUCUUUGAAAAGUCAGAUAUAUUCUUCCUGUGCCUGUUGGAACCACUUUCUUUUGAAAUCCAGAAGCAGGAAUCUGAGAUAGAGGCAGCUAAGUGGAUGCCAAUUGAAGAAUAUGCAGCACAGCCAUUUGUCCAGAAAUAUGAGCUCUUAAAAUGCAGUGUUGACAUAUGCUUAGCAAAGAAAGAUGGCAACUAUUCUGGCUUCUCUCCUGUGCUAACCUCAUCGGCAUUCUCCAACGAAAAGAGCUAUAUGUACUUCAAUAUUCAUGACCUCAAUAAGCAGUAAUUGCCGCUUGUAGAAUUCAUAAAAUAAAUUCUUUGAUUCUCAACCUGUCAGCCAUCAUUGAAUAAAGAUUCUUUUGUGUUGAAGCAAAUUUGCUGUAAUAAUCUACUGUUAUUUGACAACUAGGCUAUAUGUACUUCAAUACAUGACCUCAAUAAGCAGUAAUUGCCGCUUGUAGAAUUCAUAAAAUAAAUUCUUUGAUUCUCAACCUGUCAGCCAUCAUUGAAUAAAGAUUCUUUUGUGUUGAAGCAAAUUUGCUGUAAUAAUCUACUGUUAUUUGACAACUACAUUACAAGUACUGACAUUUUAAAUGCAAAUGAAAGCACAAUUAUGCAAAACUCUAGAUUGGGAGGUAGCAGGAUUUAAUGCUAGCUUCUUAUUAUACAUCAAGCUGGCUAGCAAGCAAAGUAACAGCCAUAUCAAAAAAAAAAAAAAAAAAAAAAAAAAACAAAAAGCAAAUUUCAGCUAUAUAUUGGCACAAAGAAAAACAUUAAUUACCUCCUCUUCAAAUGAUGAGACCAAGAGGAUGAUCCGUAAAAAGCAUGUGCAUUACUUUACAAGAUAUAGAUUAUAUUAUUGUCAUAAGAUU